AUGGCAGCUAUCAGUAGUCUUUUAAUUGUUUACACAAUUUCCAAGACACCGUCUCUUCGGACCCCUUCUAAUAUCCUAAUCCUUGCGCUUGCAAUUUCUGAUCUCGGAGGAAGUAUCUUUUCGCAGUCUUUAUACUGUGCUCUAAGUAUUAGUACCUUCAAAGCAAUCAUGAACAACUCGACGUUUCUUGCGAAAAGCAAGACGUUUUGCCAGCCCGUAAGGAUUUAUUUUCGCAUUUUAUCUUACGAUAACCAUUAUUACUCGUAUUUGCACGGCCUCAUCGUGUUCAACUCAAUCAUGGCGUUUGUAGCAGGCGUCAAUAACGUUCUAGUCAUUUGUACCAUCGCUAGAACGCCAUCUCUACGUAAACCUGCCAAUAUCCUAAUCCUUGGUCUGGCCUUAUCUGACCUUGGUAGCAGUCUUCUGGCCCAGCCUUCUUAUUGCUUCUUUUUGUUCGCGGAUAUUCAACAUGACGUCCAUCGCUUUUGCCAAUCUGGAAAGGUAUACGCGUGGAGUGUGUGGAUGUUCACGCCCGUAUCAUUUGCGACUUUAAUCUCCGUUACUGCUGAUCGUUUUCUAGCUGUAGAACUACACUUGCGAUAUCAAGAGCUGGUCACCACAAAGCGCUAUGGCAUAGUUCUUAUACUUAUUUGGGCAAUCGGUUUAGUAAUUUCCGUGUCUACCAUAAUCUUUGUCUUCAAGACGUUCCCCUUGGUUAUCACUGGAUCGGUUAUCAUUGGUACCUUAAUUUGUGCUAACUCCUUUUUCUUAUUUAAAAUUUCUCGAGUGAUCCGGCGACACUCAUUGCAGAUCCAAGCCCAACAGCAAUCAGUACAACAGUCUAUAGACAUGCCCAGAUACAAGAAAUCCGUCAACACCAUGUACUAUGUGAUUGGUGUAUUUCUCUUUUGUUAUAUUCCUUUAAUCAUCACGAUGGUCGUACAUUCGAUUUUUAGAAAGGACACCAAAGUUACCCGCUACAUGUAUACCUUUUCAGAAUCUCUUGCGCUCGCCAACGGAGUCUUAAAUCCAGUUCUAUAUUUCUGGAGAAUUGAAGAGCUGCGAAAGGCUGCAUACAACCUAUUGAAGAAGAUGUGGAAGUGCGAUACUGAAAGCGUUUAA